GCGAACUAGAGUAAAAUAUGUUUCAAAUAAAACUGUGCUCUCCUGUGCAAAUUGAAUUGUGCUCAGAGUAAGCGGAGAAUUGCAACCAGACCCGUGCGGCGGCCAGAUAGGGGUUUCCGAUGCAGCCACCAACCCGUGCUCUCUAGUGCUACAUCGGGGCACUCGUUAAACACACCGCAAAGUAUCGACCUCGAAUCUCAGCCCGGCGCGGCAAGCGGAAAAAUGUAUCGCUCACUGUACGUUCGGAAAAUUCGCCGGAAAGUCCUUCGUUCGACCCACUAGAAAAGGCUGCUCCAAGCCACGCCACCAUCGACCGAAGAUUACCUAGUGCCGCGUGUGGCAGCGAAAGGGUGCUGCGUUUUCCUUUGGUGAGGAUCAUUUGUUUACAGUCGGUGCUCCUUCUGGCUUUUCGCGCCUACUACGAAGCGCGCCACCCGCUAAGAUGGGAGAAAUUCGUGAUUGGAGGCCUUUCGUUUACGGCGGCAUGGCAUCGAUAAUGGCUGAAUUCGGAACGUUCCCUAUCGACACAACAAAGACGCGUCUUCAGGUUCAAGGUCAGAAACUGGAUCGAUCGCACAGCGAGCUGCGGUACCGCGGUAUGAUGGAUGCGUUUGUGAAAAUUUCCCGCCAAGAGGGCGUUAAGGCGCUGUACUCCGGGAUCUGGCCCGCCGUGCUGCGACAAGCAACGUACGGUACGAUCAAGUUCGGUACGUAUUACACGCUCAAAACGAUGGCCACCGACCGGGGCUGGCUUCACGAUAAGGCCACGGGCAACGAGAGUGUGUGGUGUAAUGCGGCCUGCGCCACGAUGGCCGGUGCAAUCUCGAGCGCCAUCGCCAACCCCACCGACGUGCUGAAGGUUCGAAUGCAAGUGCACGGCAAGGGAGCGAAAGAUGCUGGCCUGGUGCGCUGCUUCCGGGAGAUCUACGUGCACGAAGGUGUGCGCGGCCUGUGGCGAGGCGUGGGUCCAACGGCACAGCGGGCCGCCGUGAUAGCGGCCGUCGAGCUACCGGUGUACGAUUUUUGCAAAUUGCAUCUGAUGGAAACAUUUGGCGACCAGGUCGCUAACCAUUUCCUAUCUAGUUUUAUAGCGAGCUUAGGAAGUGCCAUUGCUUCAACGCCAAUCGAUGUGAUAAGAACCCGCCUCAUGAACCAAAGGCACGUGCACCGCCUGGAACACAACAUUUCUCCGGCAGCCACGGCAACCACCACAACGGCCAGCGCAACCACCCACCAUGCGGGCACAGCCAGCAGUCCGGUGCGUCUGUACUACACCGGAAGCGUAGACUGUGCCGUGCAAACCGUGCGCAACGAAGGCUUCCGAGCGCUGUACAAAGGUUUCAUCCCGACCUGGGUACGCAUGGGACCGUGGAACAUCAUUUUCUUCAUCACCUACGAGCAACUGAAGCAGUUCUACUGAGCGCCGUGCCCCACAACACACGCUUCGCAUUACCACCCAUUUUCAAUUGCAUUUCAAUGCAUUUCAAUUUAGACAGACAAGCGCGAGUAAGGCCACCCCUAAUCGAGUUCACCACCACCACCAUUAAAGCCAUAGAGAGGUUUUCAGGGCCCUCGGGGAACGCUUGGCCAUGCAUCCGAUCUGAUCUGAAAGCCGACCGCCCCACAGCGGACGGAUAGCCGCUGCUUUGCGUAUGUGUGCUGUUGCCGCUGCUACUGUAGUGUGAUUUGCACACGGCACGCACAUAGUUCCACCCCGAAGAGGACCGGCGAUUUGUUAGCUUUCUCAUUUGUAAAAUAGAUAACAAAAGUUUAGUGAAGAGUUAUGUGAGAGAGAUAUAUGUUCUUAAAAUA